UUUCUCGUCCAGCGUCGUCGUCGUCUGUUUCAUCUUCUUUGUUCUUCUCUGACUUCCCUCAUAAUGUCAAACACGAUCUUCGUGCUCCCCGUCACGGCCGACCAAAGGCCGUCCAUGCAAGUCAUCCUCUUUGAUGACAUCUCAAACAGUCAAUCUUGAUGUCCGCCCAAAGCGUUUCCGACGCGCAUGUGGGACAAACGCUGAGGAUGCUGUCCAGAAAUUGCCGAUUGCUUUAUGAACACCUGUCUUGCCUUUUCUUCUCUCUCCUCCCUUCGUUGCAGAGGUAAAAGUUCAGACCAUCUUCUUCUAUUUCCACGCCCGCGCCGGUUGCGUCAAUGUUUUGAUCAAUUUAAAUUUAUUUCUCUUCUCUGCAGAAACGCCGCUUGAAGUCUAUCGCAGUCAUCAUAUCAUCCUCCAGCCGUAUCUGCAUCCCUCGGAUCCAGGAUUCUCACCCUUGCCAUCAGACCUUGCCGACAUCGCCACCCGCAACAGCAACCACAAUCCAUCCAAGAUGUUUCUCAGCCCGGUCCUUAUCGUCCGCAUCGUUCAAGGAGUGUUGGCUUUCAUCGCCAUGGCGCUCGGAGCAACAGUGGCUAACGUCUUGAACACCCACCAUCCUUCCCUCGAUGUCCCAGCGGGUGUUGUUUUCUUCAUCUUCAUUGCCGUCUUCACCUUGCUGGUCACGGUCCCCUACACAAUCUUGACGCCGCGUUACUUCCCAGUCCUGGCUCAUCCUUUUGCAAUGCUCGCCGCCGAAACCACCACAUCGAUCUUCUGGCUUGCCGGGUUCGCUGCCAUGGCAGAUCGCUUGCGAAGAUCAAAUAUCUGCCGAGUUGGCGCGUGUUCGUCCGCCACAGGCAGCGUCGUGGUCGGGGUCUUCGAGUUCGUCCUCUUUGGGAUCACGGCCUUCUUCGCCUUUUCUCAUAUCUUUCUGGGUGGCAGGUUCAGUGGGAAUAAGCCUCAAAACAAGCAGGGGCAAGCGCAGCGCUCUUGGCCGGGGGCCGAGCUGGUGUAAGGCUGAAAAAUUGGACGAUAUGUAGAUAGCACAGCCAUCAGUCGCAUACAGAAAAGAGACGAACAAUGUUACUGCGACCUUGAC